UAUUUUUUUGCUCAUUAGAAAAGGAUAUAAAUAUGAGUUUAUAUCCAACUUUCGUGCAUUUUAAUCGUUAUUAUAAAAGCAUAUUAAUUCAGCAAGAAAGAUUGAAAAGUCAAUAUGAUGAUUCAAGCGAUGAAUCUCCUUAUGUAAAAUUUAAUAAUCCUAGAAAAUGGCUCCUUACAGAUUAUGGGAACUAUUUUGAGAACAUUAAACCAUUUAUGUCACAUUGUUCAGAAAUAACAAUGGCAUCAUAUAAUGUAUUAGCCCAAUACCUUAUUGAUACGAAUAUGUAUUUAUACACUGAAUGUCAAGAUGAAUAUUUGAAGUGGGAAUAUAGGCAAAAAAAUUUGUUAGCUGAAAUUAAAGAACUGAAUUGUGACAUAUUUUGUUUUCAAGAAAUACAAGCUGACCAUUAUAUUAACUUUUACUAUCCAGAGAUGACCAAACUUGGUUACGAAGGCGUUUUUAAAAAACGCACCCGCUCAAAACGCGAUGGUUGUGCCACAUUUUACAAAUCUGAUGUACUAGCUCUCGAAUCCGCUCGUGGUGUGGAAUUUUACCGACCUCGUCAAGGUUGCUCUUUGUUAGAUCGUGACAAUGUAGCUUUGAUUCUAAAUCUACGCCUCAAACAUAAAAGUCUCAAUACUGUUAGCAAUACCAAUAACGUAGGUGGAAGACGGAUCUGUGUGGCCAACGUGCACCUUCUGUUCAAUCCUAAACGAGAGGACGUCAGACUCGCUCAGAGCAUAGCCUUGACUGCCGAAAUCGAAGCGGCCCGCAUUAAUCAUGAAGUUAUUGGGAAACCUAAAGUUGACGAUAAAGAUGAGAAUAGUGACAUAAAAUUAUUAUCACCCGUUAUAGUAUGCGGAGAUUUCAACUCGGCACCGUUUAGCAGAGUCUACAGACAUCUUAUUAGUAAAACUUCUGACUUGGAUAAAAAACUUAAAAAUAAUUAUAUGGGUCCGUGCUUUGAAUCAGAAAUAUACUCUGUGCUGGAAACAAAUUCUCUGGCAAAGGCUCUGAAUCUUCGUGACCUGACCCACUCCCUAGAUCUAUCAUCUGUUUAUAACUAUAACUCUAAGGAUUCAGAUUUAAAGGAACAAGCAGUGGUAACCACCAAAAAUUCUAAUACGGGACUUAACGUGGAUUACGUAUUCUACACAGGUGGUGAAGGGGACGAUUUAUCACUAGACGAUAAGAAGGAUGGUAAAUUUAAGUUGGAAUCGCGGCUCAAGUUACUGGCCAGUUAUAAUUUGCUAACUGAAAUGGAGGUUAUGACUAAAAUGGGAGGCUAUUUGCCCAGCCGAUAUAUUUCAUCGGAUCACAUGUGCCUAGCUGCUAAAUUUUUAAUUCAUGACUGAUUAGAAUCUUUUAAGUUUAACAUUUGUGGAUUUUAUGCAUUGUUUCAUAUUUGUACUUAUCUUUUUAAUUUUUUUAAAAUUCCGUUUUUAAGGAUUGAGUUAAUAAAUUAUAAUAUAUUCGUUAAAUCUAUAUAUAAAUCAAAUAUUUAUCUGUAUUAUGUUUUAUAGAUGAUUACUCACAUUUUUUUAUACAGAUAAUUUAUAAUGCUGAUAUUCAAUUUUGUUUAUAUUAUCACACAGUCACCACAAUACUUUUAGUGUUGUUAAAUGGCUCGAUUUGACCCUAUUUUAAAAAAAGGCGACCUCGAUACUUUAUUUAUUAAAAUAUUACGCAAGCUUGAAGAAUUUGCUUAUAGAUGACACUAAGGUUUGGACAUAUAUUAGCGGAAACUCAAGGCUUAGUCAAUAUUUUUCUGGCUAAAAUAUUGAGUUAGCCGUUUUUAAAAUUGGCUCAAAUCGAGCCAUUUAAUAACACUACGCCCAUUCAUUUAUUAAAAAAAAAUCAAUUCAAUCAUUGCCAUUUUAUAAAUUUACCUCCUAAAUAUUAUUUUAAAUCUCAAGGUAAAAUAUUUUUGUUGCACUUUAUUUUAUCCUGGCU